UCUAAAUCAUAGAGUGCUAUUUUUCCAGCCUAGCAUAGAUCAAUAGGAACAUUAAUUUUACAUCUCUUGAAUCUGUUCUUUUACAGAGGGACAGGUAGACAUCUCCUGGUUCCAUGUGGCCCACUUUCAAGAACAUGGGAUGGUCCUAGAAACCCCAACCAGGAUAGAACAGCAUUAUGCAGUGCUGGAAAACCCAAACUUCUCCCCAAUGGGAGUUCUAAUGAGAAUGAUUCCUGCUUUUGGACACUUCAUCCCCAUCACUUCCAUCACAUUGAUCUACUAUUACCUCAAUCUCAAGGAUGUGACAUUUCACCUUUACCUGGUCCCUAAUGACUGCACCAUUCGGAAGGCCAUUGAUGAUGAAGAAAUGAAAUUCCAAUAUGUUCGAAUAAACAAGCCACCUCCAGUAGACUCUCUUUAUAUUGGUUCCCGCUACAUUGUGUCUGGUUCUGAGAAGCUGGAAAUCAUCCCAAUGGAACUAGAGCUGUGCUACCGGAGCCCUGGAGAAUCCCAGCUCUUCUCUGAGAUCUAUGCUGGCCACAUGGCUUCAGGGAUUAAGCUGCAAAUCAGAGACAAGAAGCAUAUGAAUCUCAUAUGGGAAGCCUUGUUGAAACCAGGUAAAAUUAGUUUAAGUCCAGAUACUCCAAAGGUUGAAGAAAGGCAAUGAGUGGUGAAAGGUAUAUUGUCAUUAA